AUGGCCGCAAUUGCAUCUGCAGUACAAAAUUCGAAUUCAAAUGGUGAAAGAACAUGUGUUGGAACGCUGAAUGAAUUGAAAAAGAUGGACAUGUCCAAUGACGACGAUGUUCCAUUGUCACGAAAAGCGCAAAUAAUUAUCGAAGACGAUGAUCUACCACUUGCUAAAAAAUUGAAAAUCAUGAAAAAUGAACAUAAUGAUGAUGAUAAUGGUGGUGAUGAUGAUGAUGAUGAUGAUGAUGAUGUGCCGUUGUCACAAAAGGCUAAGCCACAGAAAGCGUUAUUUAAGGAGACAUUGGCUGCUUCAUCGAGCAGUCGCAUGAAAAAGCCACUGCCGUCGUCAUCCACCUCUUUAUCGACAAAAAAAGUGAUUAAAGCAGAAGUGGAAAGCGAUGACGAUGUACCAUUGAGCGUGCGAGCUGCCACACUGACUAAGAAAAGGAAAAAAAGUGAAUCAGACGAUGAAGAUUAUAAACUGGAGAAGAAAAAAGCGAAACGCAAAAAUUCAAGUGAAAGGAAGAAAGCCUCAACUUCUUUGAAUUCCGAGAAAACUCAUAUCAAGAGUGAAAAAACCAAUGGUAUUACAUCAAAUAAGCGGAAAAGGCGAGAGGAAGAAGAGGAGGAAGUUUGGAAAUGGUGGGAAGAGGAAAAGAAACCAAGUGGCAUCAAAUGGUACAGUUUAUCCCACAAAGGACCCAUUUUUGCCCCACCUUACGUACCACUUCCUGAAUCGGUUCAUUUCAAAUAUGACGGAAAGAUAAUGAAAUUGGCACCAUUGACGGAGGAAGUUGCAUCCUUUUAUGCAAAGAUAUUGGAACAUGAAUAUACAACGAAGGAAACUUUCAAUAAAAAUUUUUUUAUGGACUGGAGGAAGGUGAUGACUCCUUCAGAACGCGAAAAAAUUACAGAUUUGACGAAAUGUGAUUUCCGAGAAAUGCAUAGUCAUUAUGUAAAGCUAAGAGAAGAGCGAAGGUCUUUGAGUAAGGAAGAGAAACAAAAACUUAAGGAGGUUAAACAAGAGGAAGCAAAAAUGUAUGGUGUUGCAUAUAUUGAUGGACAUAAACAGAAAAUAGGAAACUUUCGAAUUGAACCUCCAGAUUUGUUUCGUGGACGUGGUGGUCAUCCUAAAAUGGGUCGUUUAAAGAGACGAGUCAAUCCAGAGGAUGUGAUUAUUAAUUGUUCAAAGGAUUCAGAAAUACCAAAACCCCCUGAAGGUCACCGCUGGAAAGAAGUGCGUCAUGAUAAUACAGUGACAUGGUUGUGUUCGUGGACCGACAAUAUUUUAGGUUCAAUCAAAUAUAUUAUGUUAAAUCCAUCGUCAAAAAUCAAGGGUGAGAAAGAUUACGAAAAAUUUGAAACUGCAAGACGAUUAAAGGACAUUGUUGGAAAUAUUCGGGAAAAUUAUACUAAAGAUUUGAAAAGUAAAGAGAUGCGCUUAGCGCUUCGUGCUGGUAAUGAAAAAGAUGUGGAUGAAGCAGCAGAUACUGUUGGUUGUUGUUCACUGCGAUGCGAACACAUUCAACUUCAUGAAAAGUUGGACGAUAAUGAUUAUGUGGUUGAAUUUGACUUUCUUGGUAAAGACAGUAUUCGAUAUUAUAACAAAGUUCCGGUGGAAAAGCGAGUUUUUAAAAAUUUGAAACUUUUCAUGGAAAAUAAAAGCGGUAACGACGACCUCUUCGAUCGCCUUGAUACUGCAUCAUUGAAUAAAUAUUUACAAAGCUUGAUGCCAGGAUUGACUGCUAAAGUUUUUCGUACAUAUAACGCAUCGAUUACACUGCAGCAGCAACUAGAUAAAUUGACUAAAGAGGAUUCCACACCGCCUGAACUACUACUUUGUUACAAUAGAGCGAAUCGUCAGGUUGCGAUUUUAUGUAAUCACCAGCGUGCUGUACCGAAAAGCCAUGAAAAAAGCAUGGAAAAUUUGGGAGCGAAAAUAAAGGCAAAGAAAGCAGAAUUGAAAGAAGCUAAGGAAGAACUAGAAAAAGCACGUGGUGACGCAGCCAAACAACGCGCAUCCAAGCGUGUUGAUCGAAUCAAAGAGCAGUUGAGGAAAUUAAAAAUUCAACGGACAGAUAAAGAUGAAAAUAAGCAGAUUGCUCUUUCGACAUCAAAACUAAAUUAUUUGGAUCCACGGAUAUCAGUUGCGUGGUGUAAAAAGUAUCAAGUACCAAUUGAAAAAAUUUUCAACAAAACGCAGCGUGAAAAAUUUCGUUGGGCAAUUGAUAUGGCCGACGAAGAUUAUGUUUUCUAA